UAAUAAAAUUCACUGUUUUAGGCACACAAUUAUGCUAGUAUGGCAUUGAAGGGAAAGAAAGGCUUGAGAGAGGAGAUUACCGCCCAUUUUCGCGCUCAGACUCCCAUGGCGCGAAAACGGGAAUUUUGUUGACGUCACAUCCGUGGGUUCUGAGACGUGAUGGCGUUGAGGGGGAUCGACUAGCCUGUCAGUGUAAUGUAGACCAGCGUGACGGACACACGGUGCUUCUUCACCGCCUGUCGUACUGGUCCCUGUGUAGUAGCGGCCGUGUUUGUGAUAGCCGAGAGAGCCGUGUGUGUGUGGAAGUACCAAGGAGGAUACAGUGGUUAGUGACCAUCAUGGAGGUGGUGGAUAGGCCAGCGGGUUGUGAGAUCAGGUUAUCACGUCAGUUCUUCUAAACUGCACCGACGCCUCAGAGGGGAAUAUGUCUCUCCUCAGUGUUACAGUUAAAAAGGCAAACUUGAGCGGACCCCAAGCCGACCAGUUAAACAGCUAUGUAACACUGAAGCUGCAGAAUGUCAAGUCGACUACAGUGUGCGUCAAGGGCCCCCAACCAUGCUGGGAACAGGACUUCCUCUUCGAGACCAACCGGCUGGACACGGGCAUGCUGGUGGAAGUGUGGAACAAGGGCCUCAUAUGGGACAAAGCGCUGGGCUACCACUGGAUCCCACUCACCAACAUACAGUACUCCAACGAGGAGGGAGAGGGCCGGUGGUACCAGCUGGACGCAGAGCGAGUACUGGAGGACGGCGAGGUGACGGGGACGAGGGACCCCACCGGCGAUUCCAUCCUGUUGGACUGCCGCUUCGAGCUACCAUGGGGCAAAAAGGCCAAAGAAAGGGCAAGGAAGAAAGGUACAGUACAGCUUCUUAUAGAACAUAAACUGCAGGCUUUUCAUAGACCAACUGCAAGUGGAGGUAGACGGUGCGGCGGAUGA